ACCAUUACCAAGCAAGGAAGAUUAGCAAGCACUAGCGCGAGGUCUAGCCGGGUGUCCUAGCUAUACCUAGUUUCUGUAUUACUCAGUCUUUAGAAGCAUAUACUUUUACCAUCAAUCACUCUUAUACAAUACAUAUCAUCAAUUGCUAGUUAGUUUAAUUAGGUAGAGCUGGUGAAGCUUGGCCAUGGACGAGUUCUUGUACCAGUCGCUCCUCCUCUCCGUCGUCGCCGUCACGCUGCUGCAGCUGGUGAAGCUGGCCUUCAUCAAGCGGAGGCCACGGCUGCCGCCGGGGCCCUGGAAGCUGCCGGUGAUUGGCAGCAUGCACCACCUCAUCAACGUGCUGCCGCACCGCGCGCUACGGGACCUGGCGGCCGUCCACGGCCCGCUCAUGAUGCUGCAGCUCGGCCAGACGCCGCUCGUCGUCGCCUCGUCCAAGGAGACGGCGCGCGCCGUGCUCAAGACCCACGACACCAACUUCGCCACGCGGCCCAAGCUCCUCGCCGGCCAGAUCGUCGCGUACGAGUGGCUCGACAUCCUCUUCGCCCCCUCCGGCGACUACUGGCGCAAGCUCCGUCAGCUCUGUGCUGCCGAGAUCCUUAGCCCUAAGCGGGUGCUCUCCUUUCGCCACAUCCGGGAGGACGAGGUGAUGCUGCGGGUCGAGGAGAUCCGCGCGGCGGGGCCGUCGACGCCGGUGAACCUGAGCGUGAUGUUCCACAGCAUCACCAACAGCGUCGUGUCCCGGGCGGCAUUCGGGAAGAAGCGGAAGAACGCGGCGGAGUUCCUGGCGGCGACCAAGGCCGUCGUCGGCCUGUCGAGCGGCUUCAACAUCCCGGACCUGUUCCCGGGGUGGACCACCGUGCUGGCAAGGCUCACCGGCAUGACGCGCAGCCUCAAGGACAUCCACAAGACGGUGGACACCAUCCUCGAGGAAAUUAUCCAGGAGCGCAAGGCCAUCCGCGAUGAGAAGAUCAGUAGCGGCGCCGAGGACGUCGACGAGAACCUCGUCGACGUGCUCCUUGGCCUGCAGGAGAAAGGCGGCUUCGGCUUCCAGCUUAACAACAGCAUCAUCAAGGCCAUCAUACUGGUAGUAAUAACAUAUAGGAGUAUAAAUAAUAAAAACAAAUACAAACACCCACACCCGCACACGCACACGUGUCGAAACUUUUAGCGAAGCACGUGCGCUGUACCCAUGGUCGCAUGCAUGCAUGGUAGUAGGAAUAAAAACGGUAUGAAUAUUUUUCGAUCGAAUUCGAGAUCGAAUUUGUUUAGAAGAGACAUGUUCGCGGGCGGGACGGGGACAUCAGGGUCAGCCAUGGAGUGGGGGAUGUCGGAGCUGAUGCGGAAUCCGGAGGUGAUGAAGAAGCUGCAGGGGCAGAUCAGGGAGGCAUUUCGGGGGAAGACGGUGGUGACGGAGGGCGACCUGCAGCAGGCCAGCAACCAUGGCCUUAUGUACAUGAAGCUGGUGAUCAAGGAAACCCUGCGGCUGCACCCGCCGGCACCGCUGCUGGUGCCCCGGGAGAGCAUCGAGGAGUGCGAGCUUGACGGGUACACGAUCCCAGCAAAGUCACGCGUCAUCAUCAACGCAUGGGCCAUCGGCCGCGACCCUAGGUACUGGGAGGACGCCGACGAGUUCAAGCCGGAGCGGUUCGAGGACGGCUCCCGGGACUUCACCGGCGGCAGCUACGAGUUCUUGCCCUUUGGGUCUGGUCGGAGGAUGUGCCCUGGCUUCAACUACGGGCUCGCCAGCAUGGAGCUCGCCUUCGUCGGGCUGCUCUACCACUUCGAUUGGUCGCUGCCCGACGGCGUCAAGGAGGUCGAGAUGGGGGAGGCGCCUGGACUCGGUGUCCGCCGCCGCACACCACUGCUGCUCUGCGCCACCCCGUUCGUCCCGGUCGACGCCGUGAAGCAUGGCUAG